AGUUAAUAUAAUGCAACACUUUGCUCCGGCUUUUCUAGUUGUAUGUGUGUUUUUGUGCCUUUCUUUUAGUUGUACGUUUCCUCUGCACAGAGCUCACCCGAAUGACUUGACUGGAUUAUUGAAUCGGUCUCGAAAAUGUGGAGGUGCCGGUCGAGCCAAAAAAAUGUCAUCCGACAUGCAGGUUAUCCCAUCGCAGGAAUUUCCGGAAUUCGAAAACUCCGAGGUCAAACGUAAACUGACUGGCGAAGACCUGCGCCAAUAUGAACAACUGGUCAUCAUGAAAAAAUACCCGUAUUUGGACAUGAAAGAGUUCGAAAUCAAGUUCGGGCCGGCGGUUAAGAACGCGAAGUACCGUGAUGCAGAGAUAGCUGAAGCUAGCGAUUGCAAGCUGAUUGACGAUGGGCCCCGUGUCGAGAUAUUCAGCAGAGGCAUAUCUGGUUUUGCUAUACCUGAGGUCCCUAAGGGUAAGGGUGCGAAGUCACCACAAGCACCAGGGGCGCGGAUCAUAAACAAGAACAUAAAUUUCAGAGAAAACUCACGAGUUUGGAACAUUCGCAAAGAUAAUGAAAGAAAUGAUUUGUAUUGAUUACCUAAUUACCUAUGUUCAGUCAUUGAAUAAAAUAACUAAGUUUUUGAAAUAAAAAUGCAAUUAAAAAUUA